AUGUAUAACUGUCCACAACAUAUACCCCAAUGUCAGAGUCUCUGUGAUGCUUGGAAUGGUGAAUACAAAACAAAAGUGCCUUUUAAGAGCAUGUUAACCGGACUACUAUACAACAAACCUAAAGACCAUCUGAAAUUUCUUGGGGAUUGCAUAAAUGCUGCAAAAUCGACGGAAAAUAUCAAAUGGGACACGUUUCUUGGAAAGAAACCACUACCUCCAAUUUCCAAGGUCAAUGAUGGUCCCAUUAGGUCAGAAAGCUUUGGCUUCUCCGAUGAGCCAGUAAUUCCAACAUUCGAGACAGAACCAAUUUUAGAAAUGAAAUUAAAAACGAAACUUCCGUCCAUUGGACAAGACUGUGAAAACAAGAGUUCCGACCUGGAUAAUGUUGACGAAAUAAUGAUUAACAACGAUGAUGAUGUUGAAGAUUUUAUCGAAAAGGAAGCUUUUCUCCACAAGAUGGCCCUUGAGAAGGAAGCGGAUUCAUUUAAAAAUCAAACCAUCAUUUUUGUUUUAGGAGGUCCUGGCUCAGGAAAGGGAACACAAUGUGUCAGAAUUGUUGAGGCUUUUGGUCUGAUACAUUUAUCCGCCGGAGAUCUUUUAAGGCAAGAGAUUGAAAAGAAUUCUGAAAGAGCGUCAAUAAUUUCAGCUUUCAUUAAAGAUGGAAAAAUUGUUCCCCAGGAAAUAACCAUAGAACUACUGAAAGAUGCAAUGUUGAACCACCCUAAAAGUCCCGGAUUUCUUAUUGAUGGUUUUCCAAGAGAAAUAAGUCAGGGUCAACAGUUUGAGCUGGAGGUGACUCAAUGUGACUUUGUGUUGUACUUUGAAUGUUCAGAAGAUGUUAUGGAAAAGCGUUUGAUGAAACGAGCUGAGACAAGUGGACGAUCAGACGAUAAUGUUGAAACAAUUCGUAAAAGAUUUAAAACAUUUACUGAGAAAACUUUGCCAGUCAUUGAAUAUUAUAAGUCGAUUAAUAAGCUCAAAAAGAUUGACGCAGGUCGCGAUGUUGAAGAUAUUUUUAAAAAUGUUUGCGAUUUAUUUCAUUCAUCUGUAGUUCAGUUAUGUACGAAGAAAAGCAACGAUGAGCUAAAACCAGCCAGUCAAGCAACAGGUACAUCACAUCGAAGUUUAAAUAAUCAGAAGAUAAUCUUUGUUCUAGGCGGUCCUGGAUCAGGUAAAGGCACUCAAUGUGCGAUGAUUGUGGAUAAAUAUGGAUACACUCAUCUUUCAACUGGUGAUUUGCUGCGAAGGGAAGUUAAGAAAGAUACAGAAAGGGCAAAAAUGAUGAAAGAAGUCAUGAAUGAGGGAAAAUUAGUGCCACAGGAAAUUAUUGUUGAACUAUUGAGAGACGCGAUGCACGAUAAUAGCCAAAGCCCUGGAUUUCUUAUUGAUGGUUUUCCUAGAGAAAUUGGACAAGCGAAGCAGUUUGAAAGCGAGAUUGCAGAAUGUAACAAAGUGGUGUUCUUUGAGUGUUCGGAGGCUGUUUUGGAGGAAAGAUUGCUAAAACGAGGUGAGGCCAGCGGGCGGUCAGAUGACAAUUCUGAGACAAUAAAGAAACGGUUUAAAACUUAUAUGGAGAAGACAUUACCCGUUAUUGAAUAUUAUCAGAUGCUUGGAAAAGUUGAAAAGAUAGACGCAACUGGCUGCGUUGACGAUGUUUUUCAAACAGUGUGUACGCGAUUUGACAAUAUAACAGGAUUAGAGAAAGUGUCAGAUUCUGUUGAUACCAAUCUGGCAGACUUUGCGCAUGCUCAUGACGAAAACAAAUCAUCAUAUGAAACUCAUGCAAAUGGGACUAAGAAAAUUCUUGUGGAAGAGCCUUUCAUUGCCAUGGAAGAAGCGGUUCCAUUGGGAGAUUUAAAAACAACCUUACCUCCAGAAAAUGAUUUUGACAAAGUUCGCAUUAUAUUCGUCAUAGGUGGUCCAGGGUGUGGAAAAGGUACGCAAUGCUCAAAAAUUGUGAGCAACUAUGGUUAUGUACAUUUAUCAACUGGGGAUUUACUUCGGUCAGAGAUAUCAUCGGGCUCGUCCAGAGGUGAAAAUUUGAGCGCGAUUAUGGAACGCGGGGAACUGGUACCAAUGGAAAUAAUGUUGGAAAUUCUUCGGGAUGCGAUCAUUAAAAAACCGAACAGGAAAGGAUUUCUGAUUGAUGGCUUUCCUCGAGACAAAGAACAGGCAGUUCUGUUAGAGAGAGAGAUUACGUCAUGCGAGUGUGUGCUUUACUUUGAAUGUUCAUCAGAGACGAUGACAACAAGAUUAUUAAAGCGAUCGGAAACAAGCGGUCGUGUGGACGAUAAUGAAGAAACAAUCAAGAAACGGUUGGAAAUCUUCUACUCGAAAACCAUACCAGUUGUUCAAUAUUUUGAAGAAAAGGGAAUACUACACAAGAUUAAAGCAGAAGAAGAUCCUGAUGAGAUCUUUGAUAAAGUGAAAGAAAUCAUUAAUGCCUUUCCACCACUCGAAUGAGAAAUCUUAUGCAAGUUUCGUCUUCAGUUGAAUCUUUUGAUCAAUGAAUUGAUAAAAGUGUCCGGCAUCCUCUGACACACGAUUGGCUGCUUUCUGAGCCAAUGAACGUAAAGGAAAGUACUGCAUAUUGAUCUCAUGUAUUCCGUCUGCCAAUCUUGUUGCUUCCCUUUCACAGAGUGGCGUAAGUAACGAUGAAAUUACUUUCUUUUUUUGUGGUUCAUCUUCUCCGUAGAUGAAACGUUUGCGUUUUUGGUUGGACAUUUCACUAUCAUUAUCUAAUGCUUGCCUCCUCGGAUCGUUUAUUUCAUUGUUCUCAUCAGUAUUAGUGACAGUGGGUGUAUUUUUACGUUGCACGUCGACAUGGUGAUUAUUCUGUAAGGAAAUACCAUUUGUAACCAUAGAAUUGUUGUAGUAUGACCUUGUUGAAGUUGAUAUGAUCUGUGAACUUGAA